UCUGAGUCCCUCCCACCCCGUAUCAGGGAAGGGAGCAGGAGUUCUAGGCAGUUAUAAACAGCUCGUGCUGCCAACUAAGUUGUGAAGAAAAUUAAUCCAGAUCAUCAAAGAACGUAGCCUGGUUACUAAUAUCAACCGGGGCGUGCGUAUUACCCAAUGUAAAGUCCUCUUGCUCAGACCCAGGAACUCGACUGGAUCUCAAAUGAAAUCUCGACUGUCUUUUCCUUCCCCUUUCAGAGCAACACGAGCGGAUUGCAAAUGCUUUGGGAUCCUCUUGCCACCAUAUGCUCUGUCUCGAGCGCCCAUUCGAAAUUGGAUCUUCGCAACCUACCCUCAGGUCGCGCGUGUGUUACUUGCACCAGUUCAGUUGCAGUUACACGAGACAAAGAGAAUCUUCCAUUAGCGAAAGAAAUCUCUCCUGAACUAGUGACCUUUGUCUACCUUGGCAAAAUUAUUGCUAGCAUCCCCGGUGGUAUAGUCUCCUGCGUACCUACAGAGGGGGUAUACUAAGCCAAUCUUGGGGGGGAAGUCACCCCAAACUUUCUGUUCUCACUGCAAUAGCGUGCCUUUUCCCGCCGAUCUUGCAUUCGAUUGUGCAAAACACUUGGCUUUGUCGUGAUCUACUACUUACACGACCGCCGCUACUUGCUUGUGCAACCUGCAGUUCGAUGCAGCAACUUCGCAUCCCGAGCUAUAAUCGCGGCUCUCUCGAGUGCGUAGUAAUACUUUGGAGAAGGCCACGCCCCCGAGCUGGUGUCAGAGUGAAAUAGAGGCUCCGGUUGGUCGGGUUGGCGGACAACAUCUGCUGGACUCCUUCAUUCAAGUGACACCCGAGCUUUGAGACAUAUUUGAGGAACCAUCGGUUGCCUUUCCGGGCCACUUUCAGUACUUCUAUCAGCGCCGUUCACUUCGCUCUGUGUGCGCGUAGGUGGGAAGAUCGGAGAUCCCGGGUCUUUUGCAAAGAAGCGAAGAGAGAGAGGGGGCUUGGCGGCCUCCAGUCGGCGUGGUUAGGUACACACAAGGACCAUGUGUGCGGAGUGCUUACGGAAAGUGCUGACCCUGGCGUUGGUCUUUGCAAGCGUUGAUGCGGUGGUGGGCACCGAAGCCACCCACCCUCCGGAAGGUGUCCAGGAGAGAGCUCCUCAGCAAAAAGGGCGGAUGUCUCUGCAAAAUUCAGCUGAAAUCCAGCACUGCCUGGUCAGUGCUGGUGAUGUUGGGUGCAGUGUAUUUGAGUGCUUUGAAAACAACUCUUGUGAGAUUCGAGGUUUACAUGAGAUCUGCAUGACGUUUCUCCACAACGCUGGAAAGUUUGAUGCCCAGGGAAAAUCCUUCAUUAAAGAUGCCCUGAGAUGCAAGGCACAUGCCUUGCGGCACAAGUUUAGUUGUAUCAGUCGCAAAUGUCCCGCCAUCAAAGAGAUGGUGUUCCAGCUACAGCGAGAAUGCUACCAGAAGCAUGAUCUCUGCUCUGCAGCCAAAGAGAAUGUCCAGGUCAUUGUGGAGAUGAUUCACUUCAAAGACUUGCUGCAACACGAACCAUAUGUUGAUCUGGUAAACAUCCUGCUCACUUGUGGAGAAGAAGUCAAAGAGGCCAUCACACAGAGUGUCCAGGCCCAAUGUGAGCAGAACUGGGGAAGUCUGUGCUCCAUCCUGAGCCUCUGUACUGUAGUUCCACAUGGAGAUUCUACCUUGGAACCUGAGAAAAAGCCAAAUGAGGUCUCAAGAACAUCCACUGGCCAAGGAAACCUUGUAAUUCACCCUCAGUCUGGUACCAGAGAGAACUCUCAAAGUCCUAGAGGGGAAAGAGGUAGCAGGCUGCCUAUGAAUGCUCAUACUCGCACUAAAUCUGGGGGUCAUAAUUCCAAAGCAACUCAUGAGACCAUUGAACAGAGAGAUGAACUGUCUGACUUCUCUGAUAUCCAAAGGUGAAAGGAAUAUACAACCCCCACCCUUCCCCCUCCACCAGAAACUUCCUCCGUUGAGUUCAUUUUAUCUAGGGGCAUUCCAAAAAUAUAUUUACAAGAUAAAGGGGCUACGUCAAGCAUAGGGCAUUGCGGGUUAUGGGGCAGCAACAGCCUAUGUAUUAUAAGAAACAGAGGAAAAACAAUGACUAUUGGUUGCUGAUUGUAUCCAGCAAAUUCAAUGUGUAGGUGCAACAAAAUGUCUUCAUUUAAAUCCUUUAAUCUCUUGAAAAAAGUAGGAGAUGCAGGUUUGGGUUGCCAAUAUUAUUUUUAAUUCAGGGAUAGAUUUGGUCAAAUUGUUAUUUCUCCAUCAAUGACUUAAGACUAAAUUGUCUAGUUUAGAUUAAAUUCAACAUGAUUUUAAGUAGAAAAUAAUUCAGUCUCUUAACAGAAAUUAUAAGGGCCCAACAUGGGCUGCCAUGACAUUUGUAAGGAGUCUAAUGAGUAUUGUAAGAGGGACCUUCCAGCUGCAAACUUAGUAAUCCUCUGAGCCUACAUUAUGUUCCUUUUUAAGUGACACCAUCUGCCUUAAGUAUCUCCUUGUGCUGAUUUGGGCAGUUUACUCCUCCAUCAUUCCUUUGAAAAUUGGUUGAUUACAGAACCAGCUUCUGGAUAAGUGAAUGGGCCUUCUCAGCUAGUUCAGUAUUAUACUAGCCUCUUUUUCUUUUUUUAAUACACCUAAAAACCCUAUUCAGCUUCUGAUUUAAGUGGGUUUCCCAAAUAGGAUAUAGUUGCUAUUGUAAAACUUGAUCAGUCAUGACAUAUUUCUUUGCAGGCUUGAUGGAAAGCCUCUUCAUAUGCUAUAUCAGAAAUCAGUAUCACAAAGGUUACAGGGUUGCAGUAUUUUUAUGCUUUAAGGCCACCUUUAUCUGUUAGCUGUUAAAGAAAUGGUGUUGGUGAAGUUACGGCAAACCAAGCACUGCAGUUAUUUAAUCUGGUUAAAUAUGUGAAUUACACACUUCUCCAUACCUCUACCCCCAUCACAUUUUCUUGGAAAUAUACCCAAAUUUGUCAAAUUAAUGGAACUUGUUUCCACUGAGUAUGGUUUAGAUUGCCACUUCCAUAAUCUAGAGUCAGUGUGCUAUAUUUCAUCUUGUUUUUGACCAUGUCUUUUUAUUAUUAGUUUAAUAUCUAAGAUUACUCAGGAUGUUACAUGUUGAGACUUCAGUCAUAACACUUUACUGGAAGAAGAAGGUGUUCCUAAAACUUUAAAAAACUGAUAGACUUUUCUGGAAAACAGUAUUGCCUAAAAUACGUUGGGAUUCUGAUACCUCUGGUACCCAUCUUUUCCAAACUGGUAAACUCUGGAUGUGUUGAACUUCAAGUUCCAAAGCCAACUCAUGUGAAUGAUCCCAGGUUGGAGAAGGCAAAUUUUGGCUAUUCAGGUGCUUAGAAGGAAAGACUAAACCUCAAGUUACUUGUUCACAAAGAAUUUAAUAUCUAAGGUAUUCCCAGUCAGUGCAUCUUUGGGACAGCUGUGGCUGUUCACAUGCAUAACAUAUGCAAAGGUAAUCUUGCUGUCACACUGACUGGGAAACUCAUAAACUGCAGAAGUGGAGCAGCAUAAUGUAAAUUAUUCUUCCCCAACUAGCAUCCUCUUAAAUGUGCUGGACUUCAAAUUCAUCACUGGAAGUACAAUGGUAUCAGGUUCAGGUGUCUCUAAUGAAACCCAUUCCUCCUUGAUGAAGGUGGUUAGAAAAGACUAUAAGGACAUUGCAUUGUAUCUGCAGCUCGGAAAUAUUUGCAACUUUUUUUUUUAGGGUAGUUUUUUGUGAUUAUGAUGAGCAGUGAAUCUAGUCACAGUCCUAAAUCACCCUUUGAAACAACAAAAUGUCUGAGGAGAGAUGUAAGUACCCCUUUUUAAAAAAUGAACUGAUAGAGGGACAAUCAUGACCACUUCAGAAUAAAUCAUCACACAGAGGUUAAAAAGCCCAAAGACCUUCCAGUAUGAUUCCCAACUUCUAGACUUCAGUCUAUGCGAAGUCUUUUUUAUCUAUGGGAAUCAAAACAUGUAUGUACCAUUGAAUGUCUCUGUCAGCAGAUUAUCUCAGUGUGCAUAUAAUUUAUCUUCAGUGAUCUAGGGAUGUUAAUAUUUGUUUCACUCACAAGUAACAUUAAGAAUUUGGGGAGGGGUAAACAGGUCAUAUAAGCCUAAUUUUGUUCCUUUUUAUCUCUGUGUGUGAAAAUUGGAUAUAUGUGUUCACCUACUGAUUCCACAUAUUCUUUUAUUGUAAAUAUUUAACAUUUUUAUUUAUUAUAUUUUCUCCAUUUAAAAAAAUUGAACUGAGCACUGCUGGCUAAGGUAAUUUAAAUAUAUGUCAGGACCUGUGUUGUAUAUAUUCAUGCCACAAGUACAUUUUUGUUAUUGUUUAGAUCAAGGGAAAUAUAAUUUUAUACACUCCAUAAAGUUAUUGACAGCAUCAAUCAUUUAUUUAUUGAUGUCAUUCAUUUCUAACAAAUACAAGUGCAUUUAACCUAAUAGUUUUACCAAGAUGUGUACAGCUACUUACUUGAAAUUUUUUAAAUAAAAAUGUCAGCUGUCCACUAAGUAGCUUAGUGAGAUCUUAACAAAAAAGUUAUUUCUUUAAAAUUACAGACAUAGUUCCAAGCAAAACGUAUCUUUCAUGCUAUAUAGUUUUGUUCAGGCAAAGUCCCAGAGCAUUCAGAACUUAACUUCCUUCCAGGAAAGCUUGCACAGGGUUGCUUUGCCAUAAGCAAAUGCUCUUGCUCAGUUCCACAUGAGAAGAAAAAACUCCCCCAAUUCUAGAGAGCUAUUUCUUCAUUGUGACAUCUUCCCCAUAAUUUUGGUUGUGAGGGUGAGUUCCCAUGGUGGGCUUUAGAGCACACCAAAAUCAGUCACACAUCUUUUCUAUUAUCUGUUAUAAAAAGUAGCAUAAUGAAAAAACUCAGACUAACAUGCAUUACAUUCCAAAAACACAGGUUUUGUGGGAAGAGCAAAGUCAGAUCCGAGACCACUAAAAAUAAGGGUGAUUAAUGAGCCUGCUCAGAAGCAAUAAAUGGAGGUCUAGUAGACCAAACCAAAAAUUGUGGAUCCCUCCAUUAAAAUUAGA